GAAACUCCAGGAAAAAGGACGGACGGACAGGGGGAGCUGGCGCACGGUGUAACGGGACGGUACCUUUCGGCGUAAAGACGAAACUUUGUAUGGACAUGAGGAUAUUUUGGAAUAAUUCCUGCUUGUUAAAAGAAAAGCGGAGCUCCUGAAGGGAAACGGCGUGUUAAAACGUUCAGAAUUAGCAGCUGCUGGUUUUUAAAAGGGAAUUUCCGACCUCAAUUAAACAUGACUAAAAUUAGAGUUUGACCAAAAAAAAAAAAAAAAAAAGAAAAGAAAAAAUGAGCACCGACUACAGAGCUGCACAUUAAAGUAGAGGAGGUGGUCAGGGAAGCCCGCCAAUGUCCACCCUUUGUCGGCACUUCAGAGCAACUUGUUGACACAUUUUAUUUUCCAGGAGUUUCAGUAAGAAGAAAAAAAAAUAACAGUAUGGCAGAACACGAGAGCCUGGAGUUUGGAAAAGCAGACUUUGUGCUUUUGGACAACGUGUCUAUGGAAGAAUUCAUGGCUAACCUAAAACUCAGGUUUGAGAAGGGGAGGAUCUACACCUACAUCGGCGAGGUGGUGGUGUCUGUCAACCCUUACCGUGCCAUGAACAUAUACGGCCGGGACGUCAUAGAACAGUACAAGGGCCGUGAGCUCUACGAGAGGCCGCCACACCUGUUUGCCAUUGCUGAUGCUGCUUACAAAGCCAUGAAGAGGAGGAACAAAGACACUUGCAUUGUCAUCUCAGGGGAAAGUGGAGCAGGAAAAACAGAAGCCAGCAAGUAUAUAAUGCAAUACAUUGCUGCUAUUACCAAUCCUAAUCAGAGGGCUGAAGUUGAAAGAGUAAAGAACAUGUUGCUGAAAUCAAACUGCGUGUUGGAGGCCUUCGGCAAUGCCAAAACCAACCGUAAUGACAACUCCAGCCGCUUUGGCAAAUACAUGGACAUUAAUUUUGACUUCAAGGGGGAUCCCAUCGGAGGCCAUAUUAACAACUACCUGCUGGAGAAGUCCAGGGUGAUUUUCCAGCAGGAAGGCGAGAGGAGCUUUCAUUCGUUCUACCAGCUACUCAGAGGAGCUCCAGAUUCCCUUUUACGCUCGCUUCACAUCCAGAAGGACCCAAAAGCAUACAAUUUCAUCAAAGUUGGAGGCCAGCUUAAGUCUUGCAUCAACGAUGGUGCUGAUUUCAAAGCUGUAGCUGAUGCCAUGAAAGUGAUCGGUUUCACAGGGGAUGAGAUUCAGACUGUUUACAAGAUCCUGGCAACCAUCCUGCAUCUGGGAAAUUUGACAUUUGGAGUGGACGGUGAUGUGACCCUGAUAGAGAACACAAAGCUGGUGUCUGUGAUCAGGGAGCUGCUGUCCACCAAGGAGGAAAACGUGGAGAAGGCGUUGCUUUAUCGCACGGUAGCCACGGGACGGGAUGUCAUUGAAAAACAGCACACAACACAAGAGGCCAACUACGGGCGGGACGCGCUAGCCAAGGCCAUGUAUGAGCGCUUGUUCUGCUGGAUUGUGAGUCGCAUUAAUGACAUCAUUGAGGUGAGGAACUAUGACGCCAAAAUCCACGGGAAAAACACUGUCAUCGGGGUUCUGGACAUCUAUGGAUUUGAGAUUUUCCAGAACAACAGCUUUGAACAGUUCUGCAUCAACUACUGUAAUGAAAAGCUGCAGCAGCUCUUCAUCCAGCUGGUGCUAAAGCAGGAACAGGAGGAGUAUCAGAGGGAAGGCAUCCCCUGGAAACACAUUGAUUACUUCAAUAACCAGAUCAUUGUUGACCUGGUGGAACAGCAGCAUAAGGGCAUCUUUGCUGUGCUGGAUGAAGCCUGUAUGAAUGUGGGCAAAGUCACUGAUGAGGUUUUUCUGCAAGGACUCAAUACGAAGCUGGCCAAGCAUGCCCACUACACCAGCCGCAAGCUCUCACCAACUGACAAGAGUUUGGAGUUUGACAGAGACUUUCGCAUCAGGCACUAUGCAGGAGAUGUGAUGUACUCAGUGGUGGGUUUUAUUGAUAAGAACAAAGACACUCUGUUCCAGGAUUUCAAGAGACUGCUGUACAACAGUUCCAACCCAGUACUUAAGGCCAUGUGGCCUGAGGGCAAACUGAGGAUCACAGAGGUCACCAAGCGACCGCUGACGGCUGCAACACUCUUCAAAAAUUCAAUGAUCUCAUUGGUGGAGAACCUCGCCUCCAAGGAACCCUACUACGUUCGCUGCAUCAAGCCCAACGAUGUCAAGUCCCCUCUGCUCUUUGAGCAUGAGCGCUGCCGUCAUCAGGUGGAAUACCUCGGGCUGCUAGAGAACGUCAGAGUGCGUCGCGCUGGAUUCGCCAACAGACAGACGUACCCUCGCUUCCUACAAAGAUAUAAGAUGAUCUCCGAGUUUACCUGGCCAAACCACGACUUGCCAUCAGACAAAGAUGCAGUCAAGAGGCUCUUGCAGGGCUGUGGGUUCGACCACGACGUGGCCUACGGCAAAACAAAGGUCUUCAUCCGCACGCCGCGGACGCUCUUCAGCCUGGAGGAGCAGCGAGCUGAAAUGGUUCAGAGAAUCGUCCUCUUCCUCCAGAAAGUGUGGAGAGGAACUAUAGCCAGAAUGCGGUACAGACGCAUGCGAGCUGCCCUCACCAUCCUGCAGGCCUACAGACGCUACAAGGUCAAGUCCUACAUCCGUGAGGUCAACCGUCGCUUCAAAAACGUGCGAUCCAUGAAGGAUCAUGGCAGGCACGUGAAGUGGCCCACGCCCCCCAAGGUUCUGCGCAGGUUUGAAGAGGCGCUCAAGAGCAUCCAUAGCAGGUGGUGGGCAUGGACACUGAUCAAAGGCUUAUCUCCAGAGGAGACCCUGCAGGUGAGGGCCAAGGUAGCCGGCCUGGAGGCCCUGAAGGGCCAGAGGGCUGAUUUGGGGCUGCAACGGGCCUGGGAAGGAAACUAUCUGAAGCGAGACAGCCCUGACACGGCAGCAUCGUUCACACUGGUCUCAAGCGAUCUGCAGCGGAAAGACAAAUUCAUGAGAGUCCUGUUCUCCUGCAACGUACGCAAGAUCAACCGUUUCCACAAGUCGGAGAACCGGGCUGUGCUCAUCACUGACCGCCACCUGUACAAGAUGGACCCCCUGAAGCAGUACAAACCCAUGAAGAGCAUCCCCCUCUACAACGUGACAGGGCUGAGCGUGUCCCCCGGGAAGGACCAGCUGGUUGUGUUCCACACCAAGGACAGCAGGGAUCUCGUGGUGUGCCUGCAGGGUAUGGUGCCUGCCAAUGAGAGCCGCAUCGGGGAGCUAGUUGGCACCCUGCUUAGCCAUUUCAAGAGUGAGAAGAGGAAGCUGCAGGUGAACAUUGCGAGUCCCAUCCAGUGCAGCAUGAAUGGCAGAAAGUGCACGGUCAUCGUUGAGCCCAAGAUCAACCAGUCGCAGCCGGACUUCACCAAGAGCCGGUCUGGGUACAUCCUGGCUGUUCCUGGCAACUAAAGUGGGCCGAGACAGAAAAAGCAGCUGAUUUUGAAGCUGUCUUGAAUAAUAAUGAUGAUGAUUCACUUGUUGUGUUGUUUUGCAGAGCUGCUAAUAAUGUGACAGAGCAGCUCGGUCCUCAGUUUGGAAAGCAAUGCCAAAUUUGAAUUUUCAGUUGAAUUCUAGGCGUUUUUUUUUUUUAUAUGCACUAUAUGAUUAUGCACCAAAGAGGUGUUUGUUCUUUUUUUAGAAUCAAAAAUUGAAAUGAUUUGCUUUGUGCAAUAUUUUUUUUUCAUUGUGCAUUGAUUAUUUUGAGUGGAGGUGAGAGGAGAUUAUGCAGCAACUGUUCUCAGAACCACUGAUGUUGCAUAAGAGACAAAAAAAAAUAAAAUCCAAAGGCUUUGCAGCAAUUCAUAAUCCCUGCAGCUCCGUGUGUAGGAGCCACAUCAAAAGUGAAACCAUAAAAAAUUAAGUAAGAGAAAAUUCAUGUAUGACUUUGAUUCAUCUAAAUUGCUUUAAAACAGUAGAAACCUGUUUUUGUUUUCUAAAUAACUUUAAUUAUAAUUACUUUAGUUGCAGACUUGCCUGCGUAAGCGGUGAGUGGAAGGUUGUCCACUUAUAGUUUUUGUUUUAAUAGUCACAAUCACUUAAAAGGACAGUGAGCGAGAAUCAAAUAGCACAUUUUUCUUUUAGUUUUAGUCACAGGGUGUUGAGCUGGAUGUGUUGAGCACAUCCUGAACUUUGCAGCCAGCAACACGGAAAAAAUCUACUAAUUUUAAUCUUGUAAUCUUAUAGUUUCUGUGCGAUGUCUGCAGUUUUAUAAUAAACACGCUAACGCUGCUUAUGUGAGGUUAGAACGUGCUGUUUGUGAACAGCAGUGCAAAUAUGUGUGCAUGCAGAAUUUACACUGCAUGUGGUGUAAACAGGGAUUCUGUAACUCGUUAACAAAAGUCAAAUAAGUGGAUGAUGACAUAAGCGUUACUUUGUUCCCUACAAGUGUUUUCAGUCCAUAUUUUCUCCAAACGUGAGACUUCGUGUUCUUACUGGCCAGUACUGUAUAAUCCCAUGUGAACUCCAGCUCCUAAAUGCACUCUCAUUUGCUGUCUUUGUGUCUAGUGAAUAGCCUGAUGACUUGUAGUGGCCCUUAGUCCUUUGGAAUAGGUUUCCACUUGACAAAUAUCCCCUUCAUCAAAGGAGAGUGAGUGUGUGUGAGUGCGAUUGAGGGAGUCUGUGUGUGUUGAUUAGCUCUUUUCGCUCUUCACUUCUUGGCUCAGAGAGGCUGGCUGGUAGCCACCAAGAAGGAGCGAGGACAGAAGGGUGUGACGUCCUUAGUCAGACUGCUGUCCCCAUGACUUUUCGUAUAUUUUGUGGUCUAUUCAGAGACUUCAUUUACAUCUUAUCUCACUAAAAAAAAUUAAUCACACUUCUCAAAGUGUGAAAAGCCAAAUUGUACUAAUUAAUCAUCAGCGCGUGAAAGUGGCUCUGGGUCUGGUUUGUAAUGUUCUUACAAGCUGUUAGGUGAGUGUCCAUUGUUAGCACAUUCCAAUAUGCUGUUUUUGUGUUUUUUAGAUUAAUUACAACAAAGUGUGGCAGCAUAAAAAUUGCAAUAUCUGUCUUUAUGUGCAUUGGAUGGUGAUAUUCAAAUUUCGGUGGUUUUCAGCAGUGCACGUACAAACAAAACCAGGAAGCUUCCUGCAGAGUAGAUCUUGAAUUGUAAACACAGAUGGCUGUGAAACUACAGUCGAUGAAAGCCUGAUGCUCAUCAUCAGUCAGCAACAACACUCUUUGCUUUUCUUGUGUAAAUACAGUUUUGCUACCAUGCAACAAAUAUAUAAGCUUAAAAGUAAAAACUCUUGACUCUGGCAGUUUUAAAAUCAUUCACACAUAACCUCAUUUAGUUGGUUUUUCAGGGUCUUUUGAUAAAAGUUCAUAAUUUUGAUCAGCCGAUGACAUUUCUACUUGUUAAGAAAAAAAUGCUUGACAACAACAUUUUUAUAGCUAGAAAGAUGCAUUCAAGAACAUCUGCUAAUGAAAGUCAGGUUGGUUCUAAAAUAGGGAAGGAACAGUUAUGCUGUCGGAUGCUUUUGUUGAGUCCAAAGAUUAUUGGAAACUUUUAGUACUAUAUAAUUAUUCUGCCCACAGUCACAGGGCUGCAUUGUCUCUGUGUAAAGACACAGGAAAGAAUCUGGGUUAAGGAACAACAGCCCAAGGUUAGCAAUGGAGUUCCCUCUGUGUCUGCCCUAGUUGAAGAGGCAGGCUUCGUCACAACUGAGAGGAAAACUUGUUAGCAGUCGUUUUAGCCACAGUUCUCUGACUGUGUCUGAGUGUUGUAUGAACAAGUCAUUUAUCUAAAUUAGCUUGUGAGUGCCCCUCUCCCCCAUUUUUACCUCAGAGCUUUUCUGCUGGAUGACCUUGUCCUGUUGCUUGAUAAGACACAGAGUUGUUUGGGGAAAUUGGUGCAUUCGUGGUGUGGAUUAAGGAAGUGACAUUGGCAGCGCUAAUAGGUGGUUUUCAGAGGAGCUCAGCAAAGUCUGUGUGUGUGUGUGUGUGUGUGUGUUAGCUAUAACACUGCAGCUCUCCAUAUCCUCCAACAUGCAGUAAUCUCCCACAGGGCUUGUCCUCUCCUCUCCUCCUCUCUGCGCGGCUAUUCACCGCUCAUCAUUAGGAUGGACUCGGUGUCACUUCUCACUUCAGCGCUUCUCUCGUUGCUUUCUUAAGUUAAAGGGGGUUGGUGAACAAAGCCCUGCCCGGGAUCCUUUCCUGUACUUGCUCUGCUUCUUUUCUCCUCUCUCCCUGCCCCCAUUCCUCCCUCCUUCUCUGUUUUUGCUUCCUCGGUCAAAUCACUUGGCUGCCUGCCCAGCUAGGCUGGCUGUACCAUCCUGCAAGGCGAUGAAGAUCCUUCAGGUUUAUACAAUUCUUCAGUCAUCCUGGAGUCGAGAGGUGUGGCAAUAAAGAGGGAGAGUACACCUGCAACAAGACAAGGCAGGAACUAAACGAUCAGAAACAAAGCUCCUUUAAAUACAGAGACAAAGAUCUUAAUAUAUAUGAAGGAAAGGAGAAGAUCUCUUUGUCUUGGAGCCAGUGAAAAGCUUUGUCACAUCUUUAUAGGAACACUCACCUUACCUGUGCUCUUUGACAGGCGUCUUUACCAGCUUUGAUUUUACACAUUUCCGAAUAGUUAUUAAAUCUGAUGCACUAAUGACUACCCACUCUGUUCACAACUACAUGUGAAUUAUAGUCUCUGAAUUAAGAGCAGUGGCCAAAUCAAACCUUCAGCACCUUCAACUUCACAGCCAGCCUGUCAGUAUUGGGCCAUUUCAUUGAUUCAAGUUGGAAACCUAUCCAGAAUAGCUCUGCCUCUUUACUGUCUGUAAAUACUGACACACAUACUUACUCACCUUGUCUUUGACAGAAUUUCAUGCCCUCAGCUCCAGAUGGAAGCAUUAUAGAACCUAAAAAACAUAUAUAUAUAAAACAUAACUAACCCUCCAAUAGCUUACAUUUCAUUCACCUGUAUUUUGUUUUUUUUAUACCUUGAGGUUAUUUAAACAUACGUGUUUUGAAACUGAUGGAAAAUUAGUGCUGCAGGUCUGCAGUGGAUCAAGUGUGUUUUGUGCUCCACAGCUCUGCACUGGGAACAUGACUGAAAACUAUAUCUGAUGUCAUGUAGUGUAGAUGACAAACAUGCAAUUUCAUUUUCACAAUAAUCUUCAGUACUUGGGCAUUGUAGAUUUAGCAAAGGUUACUGAAGCACACAUACAGUCGUUGUGGAUGUAACCACUGCAUCAGAAAUGCAUUGAUGCACAGUUAGUGCAAUAAAUGUUAUACAGCACAAAAUAGUCUGUGCAUUCAUUUUAAUGGAGGGACAUGUCGCCCGGUAAUACAGUGAUCUGGAUGGCACAUGUUUUUGGAUAUGUACACAGUGUGUUGUUGGCUGUUGGGUUUUCAUGGGAUUUAUUAAUAUGGAAAAAUCACAAAAUUUAUUCUUUAAUGAUUUUUAUUAAAAUCUUUGAUGUGCAAGUCUAAUCAAAGAUAAUUACUUUUCCUUUAUGCUGAUUAGUAGUUUUACCAUAAGAAUAAAAAUCAAAGGCAAGAUCAAAUAUGAACGUUAACAUUUAUGGACUUGUGCCAUUCUUCACUUUAUUGUGGCGUGCAGUGAGAUGCAGUCUCUAGUUUCUGUUAUCAAGCCCAUCCAUGUUAGCCAAAGUGAAACAAAUUCCCUUUUCUUUAUUGUAAUUUAUUCUGUCGUCUGUAGCUUUAAGCUAAAUCUGUAUGUAUGCAGCAUUCGUUCAGCAAGUGCCUAAUUUUAUAUUAAGUUUGUAUUUUGCAUAUUUGUGUAAGAUGUCAUUAGUACCAUAAAUAUACUGUAAUAUAUUUAUGGUACGUCUAAAGGGAAAUGCUGUAAUAUUCUGUAUGAAUGCUAGUUAUAUUUCUUAAUGAAAGCAAUUUCAAUAAUUGAUUUAUUAAUAAAUUUAUUUGCUUCA